AUGCGCGCAGCUGAGCGAUCCUUGAACGCUCAGCUUUCCCAGGAGGGUGCACGGCUGCCUGAGCCAACCUACCUGAGACCCGUAAACAACGCCUAUAGCCAUUUCCACCCUGUCCCGCUAUCUCAGCAUGACAUCUGGUACGGCCCCAACGAGGGACAUAUUCGUGGGUUGAGCAACGGGCAGAAUGCUCCCGUCACCACAGCGUCGACUCCCAUCACCGGAUUCGACGGAUCAGAGAGUCUUGUAGAGGAGAGCCAAGACUGGUGGUCUCGCGAGUCGAGCGCCCUGCAUUUCGGCAUGGAUGACUGGGUGCAAGGCUGGAAUUCUGGCAUCCCAGGAAGGGCACCCGAUAUGCGCUAUGCUAGCACCCCCAAUUACUCAACCGUUGGGCACACACCGGGCCCCGAGAACACCUCCCGUGCACCAUUGCCACCACCGCCCCCGCCCCCGUCUCAGAACAUGAGGUACGCUGUUGGAGUUGCAGUCCCUCAUCCUCCUCCUCUUCCUGGCACUUCCAAACCAGAACAUCCCUCAGGUACACCUGGCUACAACACCAUGGGCUUUCCAGGUGAUUUUCAGAGGUAG